AUGCCAUUGCUCAAUCAAAUUAAACCUUUUCUAAAGGGAUCCAUUAUUCGCUGUAAGAUACAACUACCUUCACGUUAUUUUUAUUCUUCACAGGUAACAGUUGGUCAGAAAUUUAAGUCUUUGGAAGAGAUCAAGCAGUUUAUGGAGAGUCCCUCGUGGUCCUUGAAGGAAUUUCUAACUGAACCAGACUCUAGUGAUAACCUUCCUAGUCCAGCAACAGUCAAAAAACUACUGAGACUCUCUGGAUUUAGUGUGGAAAAUGCCAACAUCAAAAAAAUCCAACAAAUACUAGGUAAACAGUUAUUACUUUUACAGAGUCUACAGGAGGCUCCAUUAGAUGAUGAAACUGUAGAUACUAUGUUUGCUAGAAUAAUGCCUAGAGUUCCCAAACCUCUAGAUUAUAAGGCAUUGUUGAGUAAAAUAAAAGAACAAAAAGAUAAUAAAUAUGAAGAUGAACUUAGUGGAUCUUGGAAUUCCACAGGAAAUACAGAGAAGUCGAAAAAUGGCUAUUUUGUUGUAACUAAAAAGACGACACCUACUCAAACAUAA